AUGCAUGUGAGAGCGGUGAACCUUGGGCCUAGCUUGGCCAAUUUGGGCAAAGGUUGGGUUAAGUUGAGUGAUGAUGUUGUGGCUGUACGCAGCCGUUCUUUACAGCAUGUUGAUACUACUUUUGCUCCAACAGAUGCGUUGCUUUGGCUGCGCACCACGUUGGUGAAGUUCUCAGAUGGUACUUGGCAGGUUGAAGAGUUCUGUCAAAGUAUCAGUGAUCUUGCUUCAAGGACGACGCCAUUGACGGUGAUCAAAGAUGUGGUAGAAGUGAUCACCAUAGCCCACACGCAAGUAGUUUCUCCUGAAGUUCUUGGGUUUUCUGUUGUGGAAGAACCCACAAGUGAGUCAGCUUCAGCUUCUUCUUCAUCUGCGCCUGCAAGAAUGUCCAGUGUUCUUCCAUUGCUUCCUGCAGCUGCACCUGCACAGGCAGUUGACCCUCCAGCUAAUGUACCUGCGGCAGAUGGUGAAGCAGAGCUGCCAGAAGCUGAUAGACCAGAUGCUGGUGAUCCCAGAGAAGUUUAUGUGAAUGGAGUGAAGUUGGAUACCAACACACCCUUGCGUGUUAUCCGAGGUGCUUGCGAGUCCUUGGGUCUUUCACAGCGUGGGGGCAAAGGCACAUGCUUAGAGCGUUUGUGGCGUCAUUUGGAGUUGCAAGAAUUGAUUGCUGCGCAGGCAGCUGAAAGGGAGCUGAAGGGUGCACAAGAGCGUGCUUGCACUUGGGAGUAUGGGCUUGCAGCUCUGGGCUCUCAAUUGGUUGCAGCAAAACGUAUCGCAGGACCACAGCCUUCAACUCCAGUUCCAUUUGCUGUUGCUUACGCUGAUGACCAUGAGGCUUUAGCAGUACAUGGUAUUCCUGGCACUCCUGAACAGGAUGAGGGCAUUUUGCUUGGUCCACAGACUAUGCUGCGGAGAUCUUUGCCUCCUCCUCCUCAAGCCGUUGCGGCUGAGGCGGGGCAAGAAGCUCAUGCUGGUGAUGUGACAAUGGUUGAGACACCCCAAGCAGUUGUUCCUUCAACUCCUCUUGACUCUCAAGGACUUGAUGUUCCUAGCACUCCGAGGGCAGACAUCUCAGAGCAUGUUCAUGAUGCACUUGAGUCAGAUCGUCCAUCGAAAGCUCCUCGCAUUUUAGCCAUUCAAGGUGUUGACCACGAGGAUGAGGACCCGCCUAUUGUUCUUCAAACCCCAGACCUCGAUGGGCUUGAAACUUAUGAUUACGACCUUGUGGAUGAGUGCGAGGAUGGUGAAGACAUGUUGAUUUCAGAAAACGUUUCUGACCUGCAUAUGUUGUGCAUGUCAUACACGCCACUUGAGCCAGAGUUGAGUGCCUCAGAGUUGUCAAAGCUUGAUGCUUUGGCUGACAAGAUGGAGUUGGACAGACUUCAGGCCAUGGGUGUUUUGUUGCCAGUCGAAUCUUUGAUGGACCAGCAUACGUCUUCAGAUUCCACUUCUUGCUUCAAGAAAUUGAGCACAAGAAUGGUGCGCUCCUGGCGCGACAAGCGCAUCAAUGGAGAGAGAGUGUGGCUACGCAGGUCACGCUACGUGGCACGUGAGUUUGCCUGGUUGACACCAGAAAGGCAGGACUUGUUUAGCCCAGCUUCCUCAACAUUGACGGUUCGUCUUUUACCAGUCUUGUUUUUGAAGCUUGCAUGCAAGGGUUUUGUGCUUUGCGCCAUUGACAUUGGCGAUGCCUACCUGACAGUGCCUCAAAAGGUGCCAACUGUGGUGAGCUACACAGACAACGAUGGCAAACGUGUUGAAUUUUCUCUUGGCCGUGUGCUUCCAGGCCAGCGAGACGGUGCUUUGCUUUGGCACGAGUCCAUAACCAAUUUUCUUUGGCAAGAGAUGGGCAUUGGAUGCUGUGAAGCAUAUCCUUCACUGCUGAGGUCUGAAUGUGGAGCUUGCAUGAUGCUCCUACACGUGGAUGACAUUCUUUGCUUGUGCACUCAGCAGUUUCUCAGUGAUGUUUUGCGACCCACUUUGGAACGCAAGUACAAAGUUGCCAUUGAGGUGAUGCAGACUCCAGGUGAUGAGAUCACCUUUUUGAAACGAAGGCACCUUUUCAUGGAUGAGUUCAACAUGUUGAUUGAGAGCCACCCCAAACAUAUUGAACAUGUUUUGGAUUUGUUGAAUAUCCGGAGGCACUUUCAGCCAAAGAAGACACCAGCCCAUCCUGAACUCGAUGCCAACGAUGUCACACAUGAACUUGACGCUGAGCAGGCUGGCAUUUACAGAUCUGCAGUAGGACCCAGAGAACUAUUGCUCUCAGCUCGGGAGAAGCUGAGACAUAUGCUGCUACCAGUGGUGGGUGCGAUGCUGUUCUCCUUCGAGAGUUGUUCCCAGCGUGUUGGCUCAGAGACCUAUGACAGACUGACUUCUGAGACUUUGAUUGCGUCUAGCGUGAAUCAACUUCGUGCUACAGGGUUGCCUACUGGAACUUGCAAGUCACUUCUCCGAGUUCUUUUGGUAAGCGCCUUGAGCCCUAUGGCAGAUGCAAUGGAGCUUUCUUCAAAGACUUCUCCUAUAGUGGUCUUCCUCCUCACGAUGCUAGUGAUUGCCGUUGGUGUGAUCUUCUGGCUUGGCUUGCGUGUUCACAGGUUGCAAGGUUCUUUGAACAUGAAGUCAACACUUCUUGAAGUGAUGAAAGUGUUGCAUGACAACUUGAAACUCAAGGACCUUGAAGGUGAAGAGUCAGAGGAAAACAGUGAUGAUGAAAUGGAAGAAUCCCCAAAUGCCCGACAUCAGCGCUAUCAAAACGCUGAGGACAUGAGCCAAGUUUCUGACCCAGAUGAGUGGUGUGAGAUGCACUAUGGCCCGCGCUUUGAUGACAGCGGAGUGGAACGUGAACUUGGUGAAAUGCAUGCUGCGUUGAGGACCCGUCUUGAGAGGCUGGAAUGUGAGUGGGAUGAGGCACAAGUCCUUAAUGACUUGGAAGCCAUGCACCAGCUGGAACUCCAAAUUAUGGAAGUCAGCGCAAUGCUUCCUAGGCAGAGGUAUCCUGAGCUGGACGUGAGCAGCAACCUCACGCCAUGGCUUGUGCGCCACGCGGCGUGGCUCAUAGCCAGAUACCACACGCGCAGCAGAGAUGGCAUGACGCCAUACAAGCUGGUCACAGGAGGUGACUACAACCAUCCUGUAGCCACAUUGGGAGAAAUAGUGCUUGGCAAGGUGCCGAGCCCCAAAGGCAAGAUCCAACGCCGAUGGAUCAAAGGAGUGUGGCUUGGAAAGCUGGACAGGGACGACAGCAAUGUGCUUGGCACAGCGUCAGGUGCAAUCGCUGUGCGGUCCAUAAGGCGACUGCCCAAGGAGGGACAGAUCAGCUCAGAGCUGAUGGCAGCCAUGAAGGGAACCCCUUGGCAGCCCAGAUCUAGCGGGUGGCCCCGCAGACGUCAGUCCCGUUCCAACAACGCCAGCGGAAUCCGAGAUUGCAGAUCCUCCGCCGCCCGAGCACGGGCCGAGCGGGUCUCCACCGCCCUUUCGGGGAGAGGGAAACGAGAGAGGGCUAAUCCGGGAGAACUGAAGACCGGCGAAGCUGAUGCAAAGCAGCCCCGGCAAGCAGGGAUCUUGCAGCACUUGACAACCAAAGAGAUCUGGGAGAAAAUCCAGCAAUGGGGAAACUCAGAAGAACCGAACAACCCAACAGCGAUCCAGCGAAUUUCAAAUGUGACAGAAUUCGUCGAUCAGAUGCUCGACCCUGAGGAGGUAUCCAAAGCCCGAAAGGCACAACUGCGAAAGCUGUGGGAGCGAGGAGCGUUCACUCCCAUCCACAGAAAAGACAUACCCCAGGGAUCGCAGCUUUUUGGUCACAAAUGGGUAGACAAGUGUUCACGAGGGACUUACAAGUCGCGCUUCACAUGCGCAGACGUCAAGGCGCGAUACACCCAAGAGCAAGAGGCUGAGCUGGAUGUUUUCGUGCCAACUCCAACUCCUGAGUCUCACAAUGUCUUAGAAGUAUAUGCCCUCAUGAACAAGUUCUACACGAGGAGCUUAGACAUAGUCGCAGCCUUCCUCAUAGGAAGGGACCGGGGCGCAGCACAAGGCAAACCGGUCUAUGUCCGAGCACCCAUCGAAUGGUGGGAUCUCUUCCUCGAAUGGCUCGAAGAAGUCAACCCAGCGGAUCGGCAGUGGUACAAGGAUCGGUUCGAAGAAAUGUGUUUCCGGCUGGAUGGAAAUCUCUACGGUCGAAGAACGGCCGGAUCUGUGUAUAGAAACGAGCUAGAAGAGAUAGUGUGCUCGCGGGUAGACCCGCAGCGGUAUGCCUUUGUCAGGGGUCAGAAAGAUCCGUGCAUUUUCCGGUGCACCAAGACUGGCAUUGUACUGCUGCACCAUGUGGACGACAUCCGCGCAGCAGGACCUUCAGAGGCCCUAGCGCAUCUCUUCGAACAAGAACUACCGCGACACUGCGAAGUGCAAGCGGGAGAACUCGAAAAGGAGGGAACGGCAGUGGAAUACCUGGGACGCACCAAAGUGCGCAGUGAAGAUGCAAUCCUCACCAUCCCAGACGAAAAGCACAGGCAAGCCGUGAUCUCCGCAGCGGGUAUCUCCGCGCGUGACAGGAGUGAGGUUCCGUCCAAACAAUUGAACCUUCUGGAAACCACUCCCCUGUCCGAAGAAGAAGCAAAACGCUAUCGCAGCGCAGUAGGAUCCGCGAUCUACCUGAGCUUGGAUCGCAGAGAUAUACAAUAUGCUGUGAAGGAAGCAGCGAGACACAUGUCGCAGCCAAGGCAGUGUGACAUGAAAGCUGUGAAGACACUUGCAGCAUACCUGCAAACUCACCCCACGGUUGGCAGGGUGGUAACAUGUGAUCCGCCAAGUGCGACUGGCGAAUGGAGCAUAGAGUUGUAUUCCGACUCAGACUGGGCAGGGUGCCUCGAGAGCCGGAGGAGCACCGACUGUCAUGUGGCAGUAGUCUGUGGAGCUGUGGUUGCUUGCACAACCCAGACGCAACCCGGACUGCCAGCUACUAGCAGCCCAGAUGCGGAACUAAGAGGUGUAUCCAGAGCAGCCAGAGAAGCAAUCUACUUGCGCGAUCUCAUCACCUUAGAUUUUGGCCAACUGUGCGGGAAGCCCCGCCUAUGGACCGACAGCUCGUCGGCCAUGCAGGCAGCGAAACGCAUAGGUCCAGGAGCCAAGUUGAGGCACCUGGAAGUCUGUGAGUUUUACGUGCAAGGAGCGAUCCAGUCAAAGCAGCUCGCUUUGGGAAAGGUGAAAGGAACGCUCAACUGUGCAAACUUUCUGACGAAACAUCCCAAGUCAGGGACAGAGGUAAAGCAAGCCCUACCUGGAUUUGGUAUGUACGAAGCUCGCGACGGAGAGGAUGUGUUAUCAUCCACAGAACGCAUCUCUGUCAAGGUCUCGACUGUGACCAAGCAGCAUGCUUGGAAGACUCCGGUCCCAGCAAGCGUUGCUUGGAUCGAAAACAGAAAGGACCGAGCGGGUAGCACCGCCCCGAAAACAAAGGGCAGUGUGAACUACAUCAAGUCGUUGGUGAUUCUCAGCCAGAUCACCGCAGUGCGAGCGCAGGGACAAGGAAGUCAGUGGAUCAAUCCAAUUGUCCUGUACAUCCUCGCGCUCAUAGGCUUGUUAGCCAUCUAUGUGAAGCUGUAUCAGCUAGGAGUGCUGAUCACAGACUGGCUUUUCCCGCCUGAAGGCGAAAAUCAUCUUCCCGAACAACCGGUUCAAGUUGAAGGAGCCGAAGUGCAACUUCAGCUGGAUAGCGCUACGGUGCGCCUCAACAUCACCGCCUACCGAGACGGUAGACAGCUGAACAUCAGCCAGACGGUGAAUGCGCCAGCGGCAGCCCCGCGGCAAGGUUCCGCGGAAUCCCCGCAGCCUCAACCGGCGGAAACCCCGCGGCAGGAGGAACUAACUCCUAGUCGCAUCGAGCGCUGGUCAGAGGAACAGUGGGUGCAGAGAGGGGCAGAAAGCAACAUGACCCUCCAGGAGCUGAUCGAAUGGCGCAGGCGCGAAGAAAGGCUGAUUCAUGGGCAAGACCCAGACUCCAGCCAAGAUGAACCAGGUGAGUCAACUUCGCACAGUGCGGACAGCCCCGCCUCUGAGCGGGAUGUACCGCCUGAGCGGGAGGAACCGCCUGAGCGGGUAGCACCGCCCGAGCGGGCGGAGCCGCCGAUCUCCAGUUCCGGCCCGGAGCUCUUGACGGGAGACCCAGCCAUUGAGCGGGAAGCUCCGCUAGAUCCCUUUGAUGGGAUGAGUCCAAAUGAGCUCCAGCAGUGGCGCGAGGCCGAGAACAGAGUUCUGGGGAUCGAAGGCGGCAGCUCCAGUGGCGGCAGCCCUUUCUCUGGCCACAGCUAG